AUGUCACGCUCUUCUAAGAGAGAAUUGGAGAGAAUUUUCGUGCUCACCGCGAACGACGACGAACGUCUGGAUCUCUGCCUGCCCCGCCUUCUAUCUUCUAAACGAGCGGAGUCUUGGGCUGGAACAAUGACAGACCCAUCUUCAUCGACAUUUGCCUCGUUUGCACAUCUGAUUUCCCCUUUAUUACUUCGCGCUCUUGCGGACAUGGGUUUCGCGCGCCCAACACUUGUACAACAAAAAGCGAUCCCGCUCGCGCUCGAAAAUAGGGACAUACUAGCGCGUGCGCGGACAGGGAGCGGAAAGACGGCCGCCUACUGUGUACCACUUGUACAGAAGGUUCUCAAUGCCAAAGCUAGCAUUGCUGCCGAGGAUGAGAGCAGGCAGGUCACACGGGCCCUGGUUCUGGUCCCGACGAAAGAGUUGGCAGAACAAGUGUCUUCCCACCUGAGAGGCCUCGUGAAGUAUUGCGAGAGUGAUGUCAGCAUUUCGAAUGUUGCCAGUGGUACUACAUCGCACCUGCAGCGGAUACUACUCUCGGAUAAACCCGACGUCGUUAUUGGUACACCUUCGAAAAUACUCGCACUCCUUAAAUCUAAGGCUCUAUCCCUCACAUCGCUGGAAUCGCUCGUGAUUGACGAAGCUGAUCUCAUCCUUUCAUAUGGUCACGACGAAGAUGUUCGCCAAAUUUUCAGUGGUGGCCAUCUACCAAAAGUCUUUCAGAGCUUUUUGAUGAGCGCCACCAUGACUGAAGACGUCGAGACGCUGAAAGGUCUAGUGCUGCGUAAUCCAGCAAUAUUACGAUUAGAAGAAGACGAAGACGAAGCUGCAAAUCUAAGUCAAUACUCUGUAAAAUGCUCAGAAGUCGACAAGUUCCUCCUCACAUACGUGAUCUUGAAGCUCAAGCUGAUCAAGGGCAAAUGCAUUUUGUUUGUGAACGAUGUUGAUCGGUGUUAUCGCCUUAAGCUCUUUUUGGAGCAAUUUUCCAUCAAGAGCUGCGUGCUGAAUUCGGAAUUGCCGUUGAACUCAAGAUAUCACGCUGUACAAGAGUUCAACAAAGGUGUUUAUGACUAUAUCAUCGCGACGGACGAAAGCGGAAGGGGAGAGCAGGAUGAUGAUGACAGAGACGUACAUGCGGUCACAGUAGAGGCUGGAGCGGAGGCGGAAGAAUUUCUAUCAACACAGCGUGAGCCAGCACCUGAACAUGAGGCAGAUGCAGGAUCGGAAGAGCCUGAAGCCAGCACGUCAAAAAAACGCAAACGCCCUUCCACCCCUCCACCCUCCAAAUCCCGCAAACGUAAAACCCGUAAAGAUGCUGAAUACGGUGUCACUCGCGGAAUAGAUUUUAUCGACGUUGCUUGCGUGCUCAAUUUCGAUCUUCCCACUUCCUCUCGCUCUUAUACUCAUCGAGUAGGCCGCACCGCACGGGCCGGCCGCACCGGCAUGUCGCUCUCCUUUAUCGUCCCAAGCGAUGAAUUCGGUAAGGACAAGGUGAUUGGUUGUGUAGUAGGCACAGAGAAAGAUGAAGAGGUAUGGGAGCGGAUCGAGAAGGAGCAGGCCGCUAGGGGAAGCAAAGUCAAGGAUUAUACAUUUGACAUGAAGCAGGUGGAAGCGUUCCGGUACCGUAUGGAGGAUGCGCUCAGGUCUGUUACGAAGGUUGCGGUGAAGGAGGCCAGAGUGAAGGAGCUUAAGCAGGAGCUUUUGAACUCGGACAAGUUGAAGGCCCACUUUGAGGACAACCCUCUCGACCUGGAAUAUCUUCGUCACGAUAAACCACUACACCCGACUAGAGUUCAAUCGCAUAUGAAGCAUGUGCCGAAGUACCUAUUGCCGAAAAUCGCGCCUGUACCUGGUGGGGCGGAGUCAAGUGAGCCUGUGGGAGAGAAGAGCGAGGCCGGGUUUGUGCCUUUCACCAAAGGCGGCGCCCGCGGACGGGGACGAGGGAGAGGUAGGGGACGAGGAGGAAAGUUCGGUGGCGGCGGCAGGGGUGGUAAGAAAAAGAGCGACCCGCUCAAAAAAUUCCGGUAGUACAUACGAUCACUAGGUGAACCAUAAUUUACUUGAAAAUCAUGUAAGAUUGUCAGCCAGGGAUGCCAAUGCCGAAAUAAGUACAUGAUGUCUACGUUCAAUUACCCCAAGAUUAUUCUUAAAUACAUCGACGCCCACAUCAGAUUGCAGAACCCUCCGUGAAAAGACGUAUCGAACAAGUACAGCCUCAAUAAAUAUCCAAAACGAGAAAAAAAAAUUGAAGGUCCAGUACGAUCACACCCAUGAUCCAUGAUAUGCGACACAACAUAGAAAUCGCUUCAUACUUCGUCGUCAAUACUUUC